CCUCUCAAUUACUGGAACCCUCGACGAAUCUUAUCUAUAUCAGGAAAGUUCUUCUGUUCGAUAAUAUAGGAGAGAGUUCUGAUAUCAUCUGCAGAAGAAGAAGAAGAAGAAAAAUCAGAAAAUGUUGUGGAAGGCGUCAUUUGCGGCAUUGAUAUGGCUACUGGCUGCAUCUGCUGCUGAUGCAUAUAGCAGAGAUGAUUUCCCACCUGACUUCCUCUUCGGCGGAGCAACCUCAGCUUUUCAGGUUGAAGGUGCAGAAGAGGAAGAUGGAAGGACCCCCAGCAUAUUCGAUACCUACGCCCGCACUGCAUUUGGCAUGUCUGGAGGCUAUGGAAACAAAUCAUGCGAUCAAUAUCACAAAUAUAAGGAAGAUGUGGAACUGAUGGCGAAAAUGGGAUUAAAUGCAUACAGAUUUUCCAUAUCGUGGUCAAGACUUAUUCCAGGUGGAAAAGGACCAGUCAAUCCCAAGGGGCUGGAAUAUUACAACAACCUUAUCGAUGAACUCAUCAGCCAUGAUAUCCAGCCGCAUGUUACAUUACAUCAUAGUGACCUGCCGCAAGCACUUGAGGAUGAGUAUGGAGGAUGGCUCAAUCGUAGAGUAGUGAGAGACUUCAAAGCGUAUGCAGAUGUGUGCUUCAGAGAGUUUGGAGACAGAGUUAAAUACUGGACCACGAUGAAUGAGCCAAAUAUAUUUGUGAUUGGGGGCUACGAUGGUGGAAUCCUACCUCCUCAAAGAUGUUCUCCGUCCCCUGUAAAUAAUUGCUCCAAGGGAAAUUCUUCCACUGAGCCGUACAUUGCAGCUCAUAAUAUUUUGUUAUCACAUGCGGCAGCUGCUUCAUUGUAUAGGAAAAAGUAUCAGGAGAAGCAGCAUGGGUUUAUUGGGAUCAAUAUCCUUACUUUUGGUCUUUUGCCUCUAACAAAUACUACUGAAGAUUUAGAUGCCACUGAAAGGGCAAAGGACUUGCUAAUGGGUUGGAUUUUGAAUCCCAUAAUGUUUGGAGACUACCCUGACACAAUGAAAACGAAUGUGGGCACCAGGCUUCCUUCCUUCACCAAAACUGAAUUGGAUCUAGUGAAGGGUUCAAUUGACUUCCUUGGAAUAAAUUAUUACUACACAUCUUAUAUUAAGAACAGCCCUCCAGGCCACCAAGUGGAGGGCAGUAGCACUUUCACAGAUGCUGCUGUGGAAAUAGUAGGUGGUAUGUUUAAUGCUACAACGCCUAGGGAUUUGCAAAAGGUAGUGGACUUAUUGGAGCAAUCUUACGGCAACCUUCCCCUUUACAUCCAUGAAAAUGGUCAAGUAACACCACGGAACUCGUCAUUGGAUGAUCGGCCAAGGGUGAAGUACUUACAUGGCCACAUUAAGGCUGUGCUUGAUGGUUUGAGGAAUGGAUCGAACGUGAAAGGUUAUUUUGUAUGGUCUUUGUUGGAUGUGUACGAGUUGCUGGGUGGAUAUAAAAUCAGUUUUGGACUAUAUUAUGUCGAUCUGAAUGAUCAGAAUUUGAGAAGGCAACCAAAACUCUCUGCUCGAUGGUUCUCAAAUUUUCUGCAUAGAAGGACUAUUGAUCCAGAGCUUCCCAUAGAACUCGAGAAGAAUGCAUCGAUGCCGUCUCUGCAUGAUGUCAUUUAAAGGCAAUUUGCUUGUGUGCCCCUAUCCUCCCCCCCGCAGGCCGGGUAGAAUAAUUUUCAUUCGUUUGUAAGAAUGAAGUUUCACAAUGUACGAAGGGCUCAACUGACU